GAUAACAUACUGCACAGUUAAGUCAAACAGACAGCGAAGGGCUUAUCAGGCAGAAUAUAUUUUUUCUUAACUUGUUCUUAUUUGCCUUAAAGAUGGUCGUUAUGGAGACAGCGGCUCCUCCUUUCAGAGCACAACGGGACAUUGUGUGCACAUGAGAGGCCUUCCGUACAGAGCCACUGAGACUGACAUAUACAAUUUCUUCUCUCCACUGAACCCAGUGCGUGUUCAUCUGGAGAUCGGUCCUGAUGGUAGAGUAACAGGCGAGGCGGAUGUAGAGUUUGCUACACACGAGGACGCUGUGGCAGCCAUGUCCAAGGACAAAGCCAAUAUGCAGCACCGUUAUGUGGAGCUGUUCCUAAACUCCACGGCAGGGGGUGGAAGUGGAGGAUAUGGUGGACAAAUGAUGGGCAGUAUGGGAAACCAGUCGUCAUAUGGACACAGCAGCCAACAGAUGGGCUCUGGCUACAGCGGUGGUUAUGGUAACCAGAGUGGCAUGGGGGGCUACAGUGACUACAGUAAUCAGGGCGGAAUGGGGAGCAGUUACUACGGUGGAGGGAGCCGCGGGUCCAUAGGAAUGAACGGCCUCAACAGUGGCAUGGGGUAGGCUGGGGAAUGUAGCCUCCAGGCCUUUCAGAGCUUUAUAACCUUCAUUUGAACAGUGUCCUCUUUCAUUUGUUUGUUCUUUGUUCCUUGCUCCCUUCUAAGUUGUGUUUGGGACUGUACACAGGCAAACUUCUUUUUCCCUUUUGACAUGGUUGAAAGAAAUCCUAACUAGAGGUAGUAAUUUAUGUUAAAGAGAAACUCUUUAUUUGCUGAAAUGUGACAGCCCUUGUAUCACACUGGAGAGGUGCCUGUAAAUCUGUUUUUACAUUUGAGUAUUAAAGAGGUGUUUUUGUUUCCUCACAACAAGACCCUAUGGGCUAACUUCAAGCCUUUCGUCAAGCUUGACGUCUUUUGCACAUGGAGGUUUCACUCUGUCGGUGAUUGUAGCAUCAUAUCUUAAACUUUUCGCUGCAAAGGUGUUUUGCAUGUACUUAAUGCUUAAUCUAGGCCGAUAGCUGAAAGAGUUUAAGUUUAGAAUUUUUUGUUUUUAUUAUUUUGAAGCAUGGUGGGAAGUGGAUAGGUUUCAUUUAGAUGCAUGUAACUCUGCAUUUGCUUUUUUCCCAUGCAAUGUAUCA